GCUCUCCUAAAUUCGGAGGUAGAAAAAGCGAACAGGUGUUUUGACGCUCGUCGGUAUUUACUUUUUCACAAUCUGGUAAUAUGUUGCUCGUUUUGGGGUAAUACUUAGCCGUUCUGUCGCAGUAUGAAGGCUGCGAUAUGUCACUAUCAAUGUGUCAUUUCUCGAUUUACCUCUUUCUCGGACUGAUUUCUACCUGUUCGUCCUUGUUGUACAAUUCCACAGAUGACGUGAUCAUCCUUGACAAUUCCUCGUUCUAUAGAACGGUUUUGGGAUCACAAUUUGCUUGGAAUGUUGAGUUAUAUAAUAGCUGGUGUGGACACUGUAUUAACUUUGCUCCCACCUACAAGCAGAUCGCUAAAGACACCAAAGGAUGGCAGGGUGCCAUAGGAGUGGCAGCCAUCGACUGUUCAGAGGCACAAAACCAGGCCAUCUGCACUCACUACAAUGUGAGAGGGUUCCCUACCAUGCGGUUAAUACCCCCAGGAGCACGUAUGGAUGAGAUGGGUGUGGAUUAUUACAGCAUCGACCAAUCAGAAAUUGAGGAAAUCAUGAUUGAUUACCUCACUAACCUGACCAUUAUGAAUAGAUUACCCAAAGGAUGUCCCUACAUGAUGCCUCUCAGACACAUAGAAAACAUCUGGCAGUCGGCUAAAGAGGAACACAAGCAUUUGGCCCUGGUAUUCGAGGAGGAGGGGUCUUAUUUAGGAAGACAGGUUAUGUUGGACCUCUCCCUAAACCAGAACAUCCUGGUUCACCGAAUGGAUGCCCAAAGUACCAAAAAGUUUGGUAUCAAAUCAUUCCCUUCUCUCUAUCUCUUCAAGCCUCAUGGGUUUCAGCAAAUUGCAAAAGGUUUUACAGACAGGGUUUCAUUUGUAAGAGCAUUGAAGGCCUUGUUCUCUAGUGAGGAAUCAGAUGAUAUAAGCCAGCAAUCACGACCCAAGUCACUGUCUGAGCAUGCUCAACAGGAAGUUAACCAACAAGAUGUGGAUAAGAAGGUCAAGGACAUUGUUGUAAGAGAAAAAGGCCAGAAACAGUAUGUGGUCCACAUGCAGGAUUUGGAGUCAGCCUUGACCUAUUGUUUUAGACAGGAAGUGGCCAUUCACCAAGACAUCGAAGGGGAGGAUCUAAAGUCUCUUCAGCAUUUCGUCCGCAUUCUUGCUAAAUACUACCCCGGGAGGGAGGAGGUCAGCAGCUUCCUGAGGAAAUUAUCCAGCUGGGUGGAUGGAGUCCAGGACAUCACGAGUUACCACUGGUCACACAGGAUUGAAUCUCUCCAGACUGUAGAUUCGUUUUUACCAGAAUCGGUACACUGGGUGUCGUGUCAUGGGAGUCAGACUCAUUUCCGUGGUUACCCCUGUGGAAUGUGGACACUGUUCCACACACUGACAGUCAACUCUUACCUGUACGGAAAGGACAGUGCCAAAUUUUUGUACAAGGAUGUACUGAUUGCCAUUACGGGCUACAUGAAGCAUUUCUUUGGCUGUUCCUACUGCAGCAAACAUUUCACAUCAAUGGCAGCAUCCAUCGACACAGAGGUGACCUCACCCAAAGAGCUCGUUCUCUGGCUGUGGAGGUCACACAACAAGGUCAACAAGAGGCUCCAUGGCGAUGCCUCAGAAGACCCUAAACACCCCAAAGUCCCUUUCCCCCCUAAGUCUGCAUGCUCAGCGUGUUACAGGUCCCAAGAUGACCCGGAUCCCCAGUUUGAUGAGGAAGCUGUGUUUACUUACUUGUUGAAGUUGUACGGAUCGGACCAAAUUAUCAGCACUCCCAGUGAGGAAGAGAACAUUCCAGAUACUAGUAGCGAGAGGAGAGAUAUGGACUGGUGGCAGAAGAUGCAGAGAAACAAAGAUCUGGAAAAAUUACGAGAGCUUCGACAGAUGAAACUGGAAGAAAAGAGGAAGAAACAGCGCGCCAAAGUCUUAAAUCACCAUAAUAUGUCUACAAGGGAGGUAAACCUGCCAGCCAUUGGCCCGGUCAGUAAGACGGACCUGAGUUUAUGUGCUGUAUAUUACAUAUUGUGUGUUUCUAUCAUUGUAGCUUUGUAUUAUCAUUUUUUCUACAAAAAAAGAUGCAAAUCUAAAAAGCACUUUACAUAAUCCCAAAGUACAAGUAUCAAUCAGACAGUUUACAGUUAUCCACAGAAAAUGUGUAAAAUUGACAUUAUUUAGGUUAUAUUGACAUUAUAAUGUUAUACAGACGAAGGUGUGAGAGGUUGUCAACAGUGAACUGUAUUAAGUCAAACACGUAUGUAUCGGAUUUAGAUUACACUAUACAAGCUUUUGACACCAAUUAUCAGUAUUUGAUAUUUUUUCCUGUAUGAAUUUUAAGCUUGUUGCUGUGAAUUUGAAAUUCAGAUUAUCAGUAUGGUAAUUAGAAUCACAUCAUUGAUCAUUUAAUCCCAGCAUAUUGUAGAAUGUAGGCUGGAAAUUCUUCAUGGGGGACUAUUCAUUAGAUGGCAUAUCGUUUCCCAAAAAUUUGAAUCCAAAGAAAAUUAACCAACAUCACAAUUCUACAUAAUAUCUCGUUCAUACAGUGAAUAUAGGUAAAACAGCGCCUGGUUGUAAUGAUAGGAAGCUAUAAUCGAUAUAAGAUAAAACCGGGUUUUACUGGUUUUUGUUUAAUGCUGCAAUAUUUUGUAUUCACAUGAAAUUUGUAGUUUGUAUUUAUAUGCUGUUAGCUAUGGUAGAAAUCUACUUAACAUGGCGUAUAGGGACCAUUUGAUUAACUGAAGAGAGCUUUAUUUUAUCACUAAAGAAACAAGUAAUGACUAAUGGCUUCAGUGUGUAUUUUUGCAAUAAACAAUUUGCGAUACAUCUCUUAUUUGGUUUAAUACUAGUAUAUUCUAGACAGUUUGUGUUUUGUUUUUAAAAUGAAUUUUAUUUUUGGUGUUGUAGAUUAUUUUAGGAUUUAUUGAGCAAAAUGUGCCAUGUGACAUAGCUUUAACAAGUUCUUUUUCUGAUGGCAAGACUUUUUGUUGGUUGUUGUUCUGCCUUGUAGUAAGUCACUAAUCAAUUUUGCAACAACUUGAUGUGCAAUAUGAUUGCUGGCAUUGUGCAGACAUGUAGAAAUACUACUCGACUCUUGAAAUAAGAUUGAAAAUCUUUUUAACAAGUAACAACAAUAUUUUAAAGGUAGAUUUAAAGACAAUGUGUUGACAAGUAAAAUGGAAUGAACUUUUUAGAUGCCAAUUGGUUUCUUAUAGAAAUAUUACAAUUCAACAAUUAACAGGGAGAAAAAAUGACUUGUGACUGGAAUUUUGAUAAACUUUGGUGUGUUAUUUGUUUUAUUGUUUAAUAUACUAGUUCAUUCAUAUAGUUGGUUAAUUAACAAAUUAUUAGGACAUUCUUUACAUAUCUGGUAGUGAUUAAGGAUUGUUAAAUUUCAGCACUCAUGUCAAACAUGAUAAGGAAAAACAGCAAUAAUGCCUUACAUUGCUUCGUAAGUCGUAGGUUGAUUCAGACAAUCUUGUUUUAACACCUCUAUAUUUACAUUUCUAUUGUUUUUGCCUUUUAUAUCUGUACAAAUUGUAAUGACACACUUCGUGAUGUGUCGACAGCAUGGAGUGUCGCAGUUCAUACCUUCAUGCAUUUUUAAAACUGAAGUUUAUUUCUAAGAUACACCUGCUCUCAUCUUAGAUAAAUGUGUUUUCAUGCAGGUGCUGCUGUUCUCAAUCAGUGUUUGAAACCCGCUGUAAAAUUAGCCAGACAUGCAGGACUGUAAAAUUAGCCAGAUAUGAAGGACUGUAAAAUUAGCCAUGUAUGCAGGGCUGUAAAAUUAGCCAGACAUGCAGUGCUGUAAAAUUAGCCAAACAUGCAGUGCUGUAAAAUUAGCCAGACAUGCAGGACUGUAAAAUUAGCCAGAUAUGAAGGACUGUAAAAUUAGCCAUGCAUGCAGGGCUGUUAAAUUAACCAGACAUGCAGGACUGUAAAAUUAGUCAGAUGUGCAGGACUGUAAAAUUAGCCAGGCAUGCAGGACUGACUGCCUGUGAAAAGACCUACUUGCUCUGCGAAAAUAAUUGCCAUUUUUGAAAUUGUUUUGUUUUUUUAACUAUCAAUCUUCUAAUUACAGUGAUCAUGUGACGAGAAAUCAGUUCCCAUAACUUCAUUUCCAAGCAUAUAUACAUUUAAUUUCAUAAAGCCCCUUGGCUUGUUAAAACAUCAUUACUGGUAUGAUAAAUAGAUUUGAUACAUCAAAAUUUUAUUCAAUGGAAAUUCUAACACGUGUGGUCAGGCAUCUCUAGAAGAAAUGUGUUCACCUGCGGCAUGCAUCUCAGACAGUCGGACGCACAGUUAUUUCAAACAUUGCCUUGAUCAUGGUCACUGUUGAUUGAUCGGUGUGAAUAAUGUAUGUGUGUAUUACAUGUAACAUGGACCGAUUUUUCAAUUUGUGACAUAACCAUUAUUUGUACAUUCCAAUUAAACAUAGUUACCUGUGACUUUAUAUGCACAUUAUUAAUGUUGCCUGAGUCUCUCAGGUGACACAUUGCAAGCCGAUCCUGUUCAUCGUUGUGUGGCAUUCAUUGUUUUUAAACAUUGCAGCAUCUUUUCUGAAAUUACUUAGCCAAUUUUGACCCAAAUUGGUAUGCAACAUCACUAAAGGUAGAAAAACAAAUAGUGUUUAUACAUGGUCUACACCCUUAAGGGUGAAGCUAAAAGCCUUGAAAGAUAAUAGUGCAGUCUUCUUUAAUCCUGAAGAACUAGCAGAGAAACUGGAUAUGUAUUUUAAUGAGCUUGUAGGGCUUUACCAAUAUUGUGAAAUCUGUGUGCCCAAGGUCAAAAUGACAGCCACCAAGGUUACAUUGGUAACUGAAAGACAUCGCUAGUUCAUACUUCGCUCACAGAUUACUUGCUACCCAUAAUGCCACUGGCAUGUAGUGCAGCUGGCACACAGAUUGGCCAGAUAGCAUGUCGCGACCCUGAACUAAGAUCAAUUGACCAAAGUUGUGACCACUGUUAAAAAACCUGAAAAACAUUUCUCUUAGCUGUAUAUAGAUUUGUGAUAGAAAUUUGAAGUGCAUUUUUAACACAGUUCUGCUUAUGACCAGAUGGUAUUUUUUGUUAAGGUUAUGGUCACUAGUUAAAUAAAGAUAAAACUAUCUCCCCAUAACUUUAAAUUUGAGAAACAUCAGAAGCUCAUACUUGUUACAAAUGUAUCAGGUCCCUGAAACCAAGGUCACCAAUAAAUUGGUCAAAAUGUUCGACCAAGUCAUAAUUUUGUAAUGGAGGAAGAAGUGAUCGUUACUGAGAUAAUAAAAAAAAACGGCAACAACCCAAUUUUAGAGUUUGGAAUAUGCACUUCCUGCAUCACCUCGCAGAGUUUUGGCGUGUGAUACUCGGGUGAUUGUUAAGGCCCAUAGUCCUCAAGUCAAGUUUUUUUUAGAAAGAUAAAUAGUAAGAGAAGAACUGGUUAUUUAUCAGAUUGAUUUUCUACUGGACUAUCAGCUUAAUAAUGAAUUCAUGUCAUACAGUGCUUUGCCUGUGAAUACAGUGUACUUGUUAAAGUAGUUUAGUGGUUUUGACUUUUUAAAAUUCAUGUCAGGUUAUGAAAGCUGGUUAAGGUUCAGGUUUAUGUUGAUGGCCUAGCUACUACAUGCAUUCAGCACUUCAGGGAUGUGCCUACACAUGAUUUUUCAACAGAAAAUUUCUUGCCUGUUUUGUAUUCUCUGUUUUUCUAUGUACUAGACCCCCAGGGGGACAUCAAGGCAGUCCUCAAAUCCCUGGCCUGUUGUUCCCCUAAUCACUUCCUUAUUGUGCCUACAAUCCACGAUAGGGCGAGGUAGAUAGCUAGCCCGGAUACAAUGUAUUUAUAUGUUCAGUGUUUGUAUAUGUUUUAAUUUUAUGCAUUGAUAAUCAUGUUUAUUUUGGUAAUAAACUUCUCUUGACCGUAGGUGAGCAAAUUGUUUUCGUUUCAACUCAUUGUAGUGCUAUUUAUUGGGAGAAACCCGCUUUUCCCACAAACAUUUAUCUUUCUUUGUCUUUCACUGUGUAUUUUUUUUUUUUUUUUUGGUCUUUUUUUUUUUUUUGCUGCUUCUUUUUUUCCUGCUGUUGUUGACAAAUUAUGAUCUCUGUUUCACAUGUGGUUGUGGCAAGUACAUAAUAUCAUCCACUGCCAAAUGUGAUUGGUUAGGUGAAGUGGCUUGUAGUGAAAGGUGAUUCUAUCAUUUUAAAGAAACUAUCACUCAUAGAUAUUGUUAAUAAGGUCAUCUCUUAUUUCCCUGUGAUCGUGUAAAGGUAAUAUCCAUGAUUUUGUGUGCUAAUCUUGUAUGUUUUGAUUUCAUGCAGCCAUUAAUUUAUUAAGAGAACAUAAAUAAAUUAACCAUUUUAGAAGUUG